AUGGCGCUCCGCGCCGCCCUGCUCUUGAGCUUCCUGCUGUCCGUCUGGGCGGGCAGCCGCUGUCCCAGCGAGUGCUCCUGCUCCAAGUCGGCCCAAGUGGAGUGCUCCGGCGCUCAGAUCGCGGAAAUGCCCGCGCCGAUGCCCGGCGAUGCCAUGAGCCUGCAGGUGGUCAACACGCGACUGGCCGCCCUGGGCCCCGCGGCCUUCGGCAACGCCUCGCAGCUCAUUGCGCUGCGGAUAGAGAAGAACCUCCUGGAGCGCCUCAGCCCCGGCGCCUUCCGGCCCCUGGCCUCCCUGCGCUACCUGAGCCUGGCCAGCAACCGGCUGCAGGAGCUGCCGCCGGAAAUCUUCCGGCCGCUGGCCCGGCUGGAGGCACUGCUGCUGUCGGGGAACCAGCUGCUCCGCAUCCAGCCCGCCCACUUCGCCGGGCUGAGCGCGCUCAAGGAGCUGCAGCUGCACGGGAACCGCCUGCAAGCCGUGCCCGCAGGCGCCUUCGAUCAGCUGCCCAACCUGGCCCGCCUCAACCUGGCCCGCAAUCGGCUGGUGCGCCUGCCGCCCCGCCUCUUCGCGCCGCUGGGGCGCCUGCAGGUGCUGCGCCUCUACGAAAAUCAGCUGGCCGAGCUGCAGCCCCGAGCCUUCGACGGCCUGGGCGAGCUUCAGGAACUGGCCCUCUACCAGAACCGGCUCCGGCAGCUCCCCGCCGGCCUCUUUGCCGGCCCGCGCCGGCUGCAGAAGCUGCUGCUCUCUGGCAACAGCCUGGAGGCGCUGCCCGAGGGGCUCCUGAUGAACCUGCCCGAGCUCUCGCGGCUCUCGCUCUUCGGAAAUGCCCUGCGCGAGCUGCGACCCGGCACCUUCGGCCUGAUGCCGCAUCUGAAGGAGCUGUGGCUAGCCGACAACCAGCUGGCCGCCCUGCCCGGCGGCGCCCUAGCCAACCUCACGGCGCUGCAGGUCCUGGUCGUGAGCAGGAACCGCCUCCGCUCGGUCGCCGCCACGGCCUUCGCCGGCCUGGACGACCUCCAGGAGCUGGCCCUGCACUCCAACCGGCUCGCCACGCUGGACGGGGAGAUCUUGCGCGGCCUGACCAGGCUGCAGAACCUCUCCUUACACAGCAACCAGCUAGCCGCCUUGCCCACGCGCCUCUUCCAUCGGACGCCCGGCCUGCGGGCCCUUCAGCUGCAGAACAACUCUCUGGAGGCGCUCCCCGCCGGCAUCUUCGACCGGCUGCCGGACCUGCGCGACCUCCAGCUGCACGACAACCCCUGGCGCUGUGACGCCGCCCUUCGGGCGCUCCGGCGCUGGCUGCGGGAGAACAGGUCCCGCCUGGGCGGGGGAAGCGACCACCCCCGCUGUGCCGCGCCGUCUUGGCUGCUGGGCCGGUCCCUGCUGGAGCCGGAGGCCACGACCUUCGGUCCCGAGGUCUCCCCACUGCCCGAGGGCCGGGGAACCGCCGGGAGCCGGACGGAGGCCCCUUCCCGGCGCGAGCCGAGGCCGGAAACGCCCCCGCCCGGACGCUUGCAGCCUCCGCUGGGUAGCGAGCCGGGCAGCGCGGACAUCGCUCAAGAGUUCCCGGAUGAGGGCCCUGAAACGGGGCGAUCGGGAGGCGGGAUUUGGGGCCUGACCCGCACCCAGACGGGGGUCGUGGUCACCUGCCUCGUGGUGGCCUCUGCCCUGCUCCUGGGGGCGGUGCUGGCUGCAGGCGUCUACGGCUCCAGGCGAAAGCGCUCGACGCGGGCCAAAGCAUAGGCCCACGACGGGCUCUCCCGGUUCGCGCCCGUUCUUCCAACAGCCACGCGUUCGCUCGCCCCAUCCCGCCGGCCCUCCCCCGGGCACCGGCUCAGCAGCGGACCCGGAGCGCGGCAGCCCUAGGCGCGCCGAGCCGACUAUUGUCCCGGCGGAACUGAGCCCUGCCGGAAGCCCGCGCUCUUUCUCCAGAGCGCGGGGGCCGCAUGGCGCUUCCUGGGGGACAGGAAGCCCCGAGUGACGCCCAGGAGCGCGCAGCAGGACGGCGUAGAAAGGCUGGGCGGUGCCUGGUCCCCAGACUGGGAAGUUGGGGUCAGCUCCAGGCGCUUAUGGAACGGCGCCAACCCAACCCGCGCCUUUUGCACGCCGGAGGCAAGCCCCGGGCUGUUCGAAGGGGCAGGAACCCCAUGCAAGCUCACCGUCCCGAAAGAAGGCUCUUGACUCCCGAACCAUGGAUUCCAAGCGUCUGGAGCUUGCUCCGGUCACCACCGAAGGCCCGGGGCUCCGGGGCGAGUUGGGUGCUCCGGUGGUGGCGCGAUUCUCACGCUCCCCAUAGAAGUGCGCAGAAGGUCAGCUGGUUCUUUCUAGGGAGGAAGACUCCCCUCCGGGUAGCCCCGUCGCUGACCGAUAGGGAACCGGACUAGUCAAGCGCUGACCUGGCAAGAGCGGCCCUCCCUGGUUGGGAAAGGCCCGACGGUCUCCCGCUGCCCUCUUAGGGCGAGGCUGGUGCUCCAGACACAUCUGGCAUCGACCGGAAUGGGACCCGGGCUCAGGCGCCGGGCGGCAACGCAGCAAUGAUUGAGCGUCGCGGGAAUGCGCGUGUUUCGCGGCCAGGGUAGUCUCAUUCUCCGGGAGCCUGGGAGAGAAAGGACCCCGGGCUCAGUCUUCUACGGUGAAGAGAAUGGAGUUGGGGCACGGGGGCUGCCCUGCUUUCCCGCGCAGGGGUCGUGGAGGCUCGAAUGCGUUUUGCAUCUCCUGGCGGAACGGAAUCGGGCAAAGACUGGGAGGCUCCCGCAGUCCACCAGGCCGGGAGCUCCGCCGGCGGAGCGUGGCCCGCAGCUACGGUCGCUCCUUCGCAGCCCAGGCGACUUGGUUCGGCGAGGGGUGGAGACGGGGACAGCUCUGGGAGCGAGCGGACGAGCCCCGUGAACGCGGCUGUAGAUGGAAUGCCCGGGGCGAUUAAAGCUGCUGUUCUCACUUCA